AUGUUGGAAGGAUUGCUAGCGAACUUUUUAAACAGGCUGUUGGGAGAGUAUAUUGAAAAUUUUGAUGCGACACAAUUAAAGGUCGGUGUUUGGAAUGGUGAUGUUACUUUACAAAAUUUACAGUUAAAACGAGAUGCCCUGAGAAAACUGGAACUUCCGAUUUCUGUUCAGUAUGGUUUAGUCGAAAGCCUGAAACUUAAAAUCCCUUGGUCCAGUCUUAAGAAUAGACCUGUGGAGAUAUAUAUUGAAGGGAUCCGUGCUCUAGCAGCUAUGGAUGAGUCUCCUACUAUAAGCAAAAAGGAAGAUUCUUCGCAGCAAUUGGAGGCCAAACGACGAGAAAUGGAGCUGUGGGAAGCAGCACAGGUUGGAACGGCUGAGACUAAUGAUGACCCAAAUGCCCAAACCUUUACAGAAUCUCUAGUUACUCGUAUGAUUGAUAACAUACAGCUCAAUAUUCGAGAUAUUCAUAUUCGUUUUGAGCAUCCAUCUGAGAAUCUCAGUGACGGAUAUUCUUUUGGCUUACUACUUUCCGAAUUCUCUAUUUCAUCUUGUAACGAUGAAUGGAAGCCGAUGUUUAUCGAAACAGAAUCAAAAACGAUUCAUAAGUUAUGCUCGCUACAAAAGCUUGCUGUAUAUUCUGACGAAACUUCUGAAUGUAUUUCCUCCAAUGACUUUAAUGAUAUGAUAGGAUUGUUUCACGUUUUACUUACUAAUUUUGACCAAAGAGAAAAAGAAUUUUUGAUUUCCCCUAUUAUGGGCUCUGCAAAGGUGGCUAUAAACAAAAACCCUACGCCAGAAAUACCGCGAUUUGUUAGUGAUCUAUCUUUUGAAGGGUUUGACUUGACAGUUAGUGACAAUCACCUCACAAGGGGCAUUUCGUUAAAUAACGAAUUUAACAAAAUCCUCUCCAAAACCAUUUUUCGUAGAAAUGUGAUAGGAGAUGCUACUGUUAGCCAAUCCUCAGAAUACCUUCCGUUUGUCUUCAAAAAAGUACUCAGCGACAUUCGGGAAAAGAAUUAUGUCAAAUCUUGGCCUGCAAUUAAGAGUUUUUGCGAGAGAAGAAAAGCAUACAUUCAUUUGUAUAGGCAAAAGUUUCUCGCAACGAUUUUAUCCCCCGAAGAAACAAGUCAGUUGGAUAAUUUGGAACUUAGCUUCAGUGUAAGCCAAUUGAAAUUAUUUCGCUCCAUUGCAUACAAAGAAAUUAAAAAUGAAGGGAUCGAACCAAAAGGUCAAAAGCAACAAGGCUGGACUUCAUGGAUGUGGAAUAGUUUUAAGGGUGCUUCCGACGAAGCGGGCGAAAUUACGGACGAUCAAAAGCAAAGAGUUAUAAACGCAAUUGGAUUAAGCGAGACUACGCUCAGCCCUUCUAGUUUUACAGAAAACCCUUCCAAUGCUGCUUUAUUUGAUAUCACACUCAGCGUUCCCUCCGGAAGUUUUUCUUUGAAAAGUACCGCGGAAAAUUGUAAAAUUAUAUCUUUGGAGUUAUCUGAGUUUACUUUGAAUUUGCUGGGUACAUAUCAAACCCACAAGUUAGAUCUUGUAUUGGGUUCUCUCAGGCUUUUUAAUGAUAAACGCUCUCUGCUGUACACGAGAAGUAAAUCCUCUUCUCUCGAUGCAGAAGCAUCUUCCCCGUUGUUCCACAUGACAUUCGAAAACCGAUUUUCUAAUGAAGAUGAUCAGGACAUUUUGAAACUUAAUCUUCGAACAUUGGAAUUUUUCCAUGAUCAACCUUGCCUCAUCAAAGUUAAAAAGCUUUUGGACGACUCUUUAUUUACUAAUGAAGGAGGAGCUCAGUUACUUCAAUUUGCAAAUAGCGCUGUUACAGACCUGACUUCACAAACCGUUCAAAAUUUACGAAACUACAUGAAUGAAAAACGAAAGCUUAUUCUUGAUGUACAGCUUCAAGCACCAUUAAUAAUUUUACCCGAAAACGUUGAAAAACAAGAUACAGAAUCUCUUGUGAUUGACUCAGGGCUCAUCUCUGUUAAAACAAGUUCCUUAGAUCAAUAUAAAGAAGGUGAAGCGACAAAAGAGGAAGAAAUUCAAAAUCUUAUAUAUGAUAAUUAUCUGCUUUCCCUUGAGUCAGCACAAAUUUCUUUAGGACCGCUCUCUCAUAUUCAUAGUGAAAGACAUGAGAUGGAUGAAAAGUAUCAGAUAUUGAAGGAAUCUUCUAUCAAUUUGAAUGUCUCUAUACAGAGUGUUCCUUCUCCUAACUUUCCGAGAAUCCGAGUUUCUGGUGAAAUGUCUGAUUUGUUAUUCAAAAUUUCUGAUGCACAGUAUGCUGUUUUGAAUAAUCUCAAAUCUUCUUUUCUGAGUAAUGAGUCAUAUACAUCGUCCUCUAAUCAAAGGAACUCUCUUCAGUCAUCAAAAUCAUUUGUUUCACAGGAUAGCAAUUAUAAUUUCCAAAUAAAGGAAGAGAAUGCCCCACCGGAAUUGAAAUAUUUCUGUGAAUUUAAUUUAUCAUUAAACGGAAUGAUUAUUAUCCUUAUGAGAGAAAGCGGCUAUGCUCAGCAGUCUCCGAUGGCGUCUUUGGAAUUGGGUCAACUUACUGUCUCGUACAAUCAAUAUGAUACUGAACAAAAAGCAGAGAUGUCUCUUAGUUCCAUGAAAGUGAAUGAUUUAACGACGGAUAAUUGUGGCGUUGCUAAUCACCAAAUUUUUGAAUGCAAAUCGUCUAACGACAAUAACAUAAAAGAGAAAUACCCAUUAACGAUUGAGUAUGCUCUUAAAUUCGAUCCUUCGUCAAAUCUUGAAAGUAGCACCACCAUAAAUUUUGUCUGUUCUAAUGGCAACUUCUCUCUUGCUAAGUACCCAAUACUAUCUUUGCUGGAGUAUUCAUCUUCUUUCAUUGGUACGAGCAACAAUAAUCAGGAUACCGAGUUUAAGAAAGAGCCGUCUUCUGAAGUGUCAGGUAAGACAAAUGUGACUUUUAGCAUACAUAGGCUCGGACUAGAACUAUUCGAUUCGUAUGAGGAACAUCCGAUAUGCCUUAAUAUAUUUAAUAUCCAUUCAAGUUUUGAUACUGCUAUCAAUUACUGGGAACUACAAUCUCGCAUUGAGAAUCUUGACAUUCGUGCUUGGAACGAAAAGAAAAAUGAAACGAUUUCAUUAAUUGAUUCCAAAAACGAUCAGUUCUUGGACUUACAUUACAAAAUGCAACAGGCCGAAAAGAAAGAUCACUCUCCUCAAGCAAAGCUUGAUAUAAAAAUGGGAUCUUUCUUAAUGAUAUGUCGUCGGCAACCCGUUGUUGAUAUUCUUAAUUUCUUUUCUGAUUUUAUACAGUUGAAAACUGUGGUUGAAUCUGCAAAAUACUUAGCUGAAACGGGAUCACUCCAAGCGGAACAGGGUACCAAUUUUGAUAUAAAUAUACAUAUUUCAAACCCCAUAUUCCGAAUCCCUCUUAGCUUGGAUAAUGGCUUGCAAGCUUACGUUGACGUAUUACCCGGUAGGUUUUCUACGAGAACUAUAUCUUGGUUACCAAACUUGGCGAUUGAAUUGUUGUCGUCAGAAACGACGAUAAAGACCAUUUUUUGCGCAACUUCACCAGAAAAGGUUGAUAUCGAACUUGACGUUCUUAAAAACUUGAACGUGGGGUUAAAAAUAGCGGUUCUACAAGAAAUGAAGGGAAAUAUAACUAAUUAUGGCAUACAAAUUGAUGGUGAGACAAGCGAUUUUUCUUUCCAGCUUUCACAAGCUCAGUACUUUACAUUUCUUGAGUUGGUAUAUGAGGCCCCUAAAGCACUGAGUAUAAAAGAUGCAUUCUCUUCAAAUUUGGAUGCGGGAUCUGUAUUUUCUGUACUUUCUGAUGAACUCUAUAAUGUUGAGGUAAUUAACAAAGCUAUAUCUCACUUUAGUCAAAAUACUAGCUCUAGCCUAAAUCUAAACUUGCGUCUUCCAAGGGUUAGCUUGAAUUUAUUCGACGGAAAUUUUGAGACUGGAAGUGAUUUGCUAAAACCACUUUCUAGAUUCAUUUUGAAUGACACGAAGAUGACUUCUAGCUAUAGUUUUGAAAACGGCGUCUCCGCAAAGCUAACUAUGAACUCGUUUGCUGUCGAGGAUGUUCGAAUGGAAAAGUCUGAACACUUUUCUAGUCUUAUAUUGCCAUCUCAGGAAAAUGAAACCCAAUUUUGUUUUACUAUUACUUGGAAACCUAAUAGCAACAAUAUUCUUUUGGAAGGAGAUUUAUACCAGUCUCUUUAUGUUCUCUCAUUAGACCAUCUUCUUUCAAUUUUUUAUUGCUUUGGAGGUCAUGAUUUUGCCGGAAAGACAUCUGCGAGUAAUGAUGAUUUGGUAACCAACAAAGGAUCUGACAAAGAAGUCCAUGAAAACGAAAAGCCCCUUUCAUAUUCACUUAGAUUUGACGUUACACAAACUUCCCUGGUUUUUGUUGCGGAUGCUUCCAAUUCAAAUUCUCAGUGUUUAAUCGCAAGAAUAGGGCAUGUCAGCUUAGCGAGGCAAAUGUCGUAUUCAUUAACUAUACAAGAUAUGGGUUUGUUUGUUUCUCAAAUGAAUAAAUUACACAGUGGUGUGCAGAUACUUGAAAAUUUUAGUUUCGGAUUUGGUUUAGUGCAAAGUUCUUCCGGUCAAUGUACCUCUAGCGCUUGUUUGGAUAUCGAUCCAUUAAUAUUUCGUAUUUCGAUAUAUGAUUUGCUUUUAAUAAAAAGUAUAAUUGAGUCUUCUACCCAGGUCAUUUCUAAAUACAAGCAGGAUUCGAGCGCUAUUACUUUAGGCUCAAGUGACAUAUCUGACUUUAUAUCACAAGAAAAUCCGAGACGAGAAUCCCUAAUGGCCAUGCAGCAAAAAGCGGAAAAAACAGCGACUGAUAUAUUGAAUACUUUGGGAAAUGCUUCUUUAACCACUGAGGAAUUGACUUUUAACAGUGCUGGAAUUCAGUUAGCAUUGAUCAGCGAUGCCCACUCCUUGCCUGUUGUUGAUAUUGUGGUAGAUGCGUUUAUUGUGAACGUGAAGGACUGGAGUUCGAAUUUCUCUGCUGCAACAACCCUUAAGGUUCAAUGUAAUGCUUUCAAUUUCGCCAAGUCACAUUGGGAACCCCUUUUAGAACCUUGGUCUAUAAGUUUAUCUGGUCUUCAAAAAAAUGGAACCAAAGAAAUUAAGCUCGUAUCUAAGGAAAGUGGGCAGUUUACUUUGACGCCAAUGAUGAUAAUGGAUUUCCAUAGAAUAAUUAAGUAUUAUUUAACUAAUCAAACCGGAGAAAAUGAAAAACGCCCCGAAGGCCAUCCAUAUGAAGUUUUAAACGAAACUGGCUACAAUUUAUCGGUGCAUUAUGGACAUAAAGAGUCCCAUGGAGAUGAACACUUUAAGCUCGAGUCAGGAAAAUCCAAGCUUUGUCGGUUCGAAGAUAAGGAGACUUUGACGGCCGGAUUGAUAAAUAAAGAAGAGGAUAUGUCGACAAAAAUACGAGUUUCAUUUGAUGAAAUUUGGUUUCCUGUUCAUAAUAUAUCCGUACAUCGUGAAGGCUCUUUCUUAUAUGAAUUAAAGCCCCGAGCCGAACGUCUUAAUUUCCUUUUAGUGACAGUUGUUUUACUGGAAACUAAUGUAAAAAGAAUUAUCCUUUCUUCCCCGUAUUCGCUUGUUAACAGAACUAAGGAAGCCAUUGAAUUUGUAUGUAAUGACCAAGCGGGUCAUCGCCAAUCUUCGGUUGUAAGAAUUGAACCACAAGAGACUGGCUACAUCCCUCUUGAUUUGGCAGCACUGUAUCCUUUGAGGAUUCGUCCGGUCUCAAAGUUAGGUUUUUUCUGGUCUAAUCAGAGUGUAUACUGGAAGUCACUGUUGAAGUCACCAUUGCAAUACUUAUCAUGCAAAUCCAGUAAAACAGAUUGGGAACAUACUUUUUUGGUUUUCUCAAGAAAUUUAAUGGAAGGUUCCAUGGCUGAUGCUUAUCCUUUUAUGCAAUUAAAUAUUCUUCCUCCAUUGCAGGUGCAUAACCUCCUUCCAUACGAAAUUAAAGUUCGCAUUCUAGAAAAAAAUACUCGUAAUGAUUGGCGUUGUUGUCUUAAACCUGGUGAUUCCCUUCCAAUCCUGCAUACAGAUUCAAAGAGUCUUCUUUUGUUAGGUAUUACUAUUGCGGCGAUUGAUCUUCAUUCACUUGAAUUGCCCAUAAUAUUUUCACCCAUUGGAGCUUGGGAGUCUAUCCAAUCGACAGCGAUGCUAUCUUUUCCCAACAAGGAAAGAGUCAAAUUAAAUCUUCAGUACGACAAACUACCAGGAACGGAUUACGUUUCUGACGUUAAAAUUUAUUCACCGUACUUAAUGUAUAAUCGAACGGAUGUCAAAAUGCAGCUCUGGGAUGAAUACGACUCUUCGGUGACUAAUAUCAUCCCUGGAGGUGGCUAUACCAAUGAAAUAUUGCCCUACUUCUUUUCGUUUAGGCAAGAAAACAGAAAUAAUCGUGCUGUUUUAAAAAUGAAGGACUCUCAGUUGUUCCAACCACUUAGUCUUGAUACUUUAGGGUCAUCUAGUGAAGUUAGAGUUGCGACAAACGAUGGCCGAAAAACAUAUAUAUUAGGAGUAUCAAUUGGGGAAUGUACCGGAAAGUUCUGUUUAUCAAAGACCGUAACUUUUACUCCCAGAUAUGUUUUCAGAAACAAUUUGGAUAGAACCUUGUGUUUGCGGCAAUUCGGUAGCUCUGAUAUUUGGAAUUUAUUGCCUAAAGCAUUGUAUCCUGUUUAUUUAUUUAUGAGUUCUGAAGAGGUUACCACCGUUACGGCCUUCCCAGGUACAAAUAAUUCUUGGUCUUCUGCUUUUUAUACGAAUAACCUUGGUAUAACGCACAUAAAAGUAUAUGAGCAAAAAGAAAAUGGAAGCAUAUUGCCGGUUUUAUUACGUGUUUCAGUAUCGUUAAAAGAUGCAUCAUUUUUUAUAGCCUUCGAUUUGGAAACCAUAGCUUGGCCUUAUAAAAUAAAGAAUAACUCUUCUUUGGAUAUCUUAUAUGAACAGAAGAAACCGGAUCCUUCAAGUUUCGAGGCAGUGUAUACUCAAAAUUUCAAGAAGAGUAAAUAUGUUAUACAGGCCGGAGAUGAAGCUGAUUAUUGUUGGGACUUUCCUGCUUUAAAAGAAAAAAGACUUGAAGUUACAGCGGGGAAUGCAGUACAUGAUUUGGACAUAUCGUCUGUUGGAGAGCUUAGCCCGUGGUUUUCUCAAGAGCUAAAUACUAACAGCAGAUUGGUACCUGAAAUUUCUAUUGCUGGUCUCACAUCAAUACUUACUUUCAAAGAAGUGGACGCGGACCGACCUCCCCAGCUACCGCGCCGCAAAGGUUUGAGCAAGGAAGAAGAAAAUAAGAAUGAAACGAAUUUUAAAUUUGCUAUGGACCUGAGUGGUGUUGGAUUAUCUUUAAUUAAUGGUCAAUAUGAAGAGUUUGCCUAUGCUACGCUACGAAAUUUACUUGUCAGUUUUGAUGAAAGCGCAGAUUUGCAUUCACUUUCUAUUUCAUUGGGUUGGUUUCAAAUCGAUAAUCAAUUGCUGGAUUCUUUGCACCCAAUUGCAUUAUUUCCAUCAGUGAUUACUGAGGAGGUGAAAGAAGAAAACCCAGAAGUAUUGCAGUUCCGAAUCUCUUCUUUGAAAGAUUAUGAUUACGGUUUACUUUAUGUAAAAUAUGCUUCCGUUCUUUUACAAGAGUUAUCCCUUGAACUGGAUGAUCGUCUUGUGUAUAUGUUGUUACGACUUAUAUAUCCAUCCCUUGACGUCUCUCAAAGUUCUAAAAGUUUGAAUGAAGAUUCUUAUAAGGAUCAGUUUGAGCUUCCCAAUUUUGAUGUGGAUGCCUAUCGAAACGAUGUCUUCUUUGAAGCUCUGCAUUUGCAGCCUACUAUUCUCAAUUUCACAUUUGAGACUUCAGGAGACAUGGAAAAUCAAAUUAUAAAAGUGAGGACUCCCAACUCAACCUUGGACUUUAUGACAGGAGUUCUCAUGGAUACUUUGGGUAAUAUUCAUGAUGCGCCCGUUCAGUUGAAUUCCGUUUUAUUGGAAAACGCUCGGGGAACUGUGUCUGAGCUGGUCUCCAAAAUCUUCACUCAUUACAAACAGCAAAUUGGAUACCAAAUGUAUAUGAUUGCUGGUCGCGCGGACUUUUUAGGAAAUCCCGUUGGACUGUUCAACAAUUUUGCAUCUGGUGUUUUCGACAUGUUUUAUGAACCGUAUCAAGGGUUUUUACUUCAGGAUACUCAAUCGAUUGGAGAUUCGCUUGCACGUGGUACCUCUAGCUUUAUGAGGAAAACAAUUUUUGGCGUUUCUGAUAGUGUAUCGAAACUUACUAAUACAUUUUCCAAAGGAUUGUCCACGAUGACAAUGGAUCCAAAGUAUAAAAUGUCAAGGCGCCGUUUUCGAUCAAGAAACCGACCAAAGAAGGCAGCUUUUGGUAUAACAGUUGGUGCAAAUAGUUUUUAUGAUAGCAUGAGCAGUGGUUUUGAAGGUCUUCGUCGGCCAUUUACUGAUCGAAAAUCUGAUAGUCCUGGUAAAUUCUUGAAAGGAUUUGGCAAGGGUGUUUUAGGACUGGCCACUAAGCCUGCUAUAGGUCUCUUGGACAUGACGACUAACGUUUCAGAAGGUAUACGCAAUUCUACAGAUGUUCGGGCAAAUCCAGAAAUCGAUAAAGCUCGCAUUCCUCGGUUUGUGGGUUUUGGUGGUUUGAUUCAGCCAUACAAGGUUUAUGAAUCUUUUGGAAUGUAUUUGCUGGCUAUGAUAGCGAAUGGCAUUUAUUCCAACGAAACAUACCUUUACCACGCUGAGCUUAAGGAUGAGAGAGUGCUGUUCAUUAGCACUAGGCAUUUUAUUAUUACGAGUUCAAACAACGAGGUCGAAACAGUACUUUCUGUCAAAAAGGUGAAGAAUUUGAGAUUCUCCGAAAAUGAAAUGGUAUGCUCCAUGUAUGAUAUGUCAACGUUGCGCCUGCCACUUCCAAACGAUGAUAAAAAGAAGGACAGAUGCAUGAAAGAAGCCAAUAGAGCAUAUGUUGAAUCUCAUCGUUUACGCUUGAAAAACGUUGAAUCGUUUUAG